GAAGCGGCUGAGCGGGGCAGAGCGGAGCGCAGCGCGGCGCGGCGGGGACGGAGAGGAGGAACAAAUAAAGAAUCAUAAUAAUAAUAAUUAAUAAUAAUAACAAUAAUAACAAUAAUAAUAAAAAGGCGAGGAGAGGAGGAGGAGGAGGAAAAAAAACAAACAGCCAGCCCCCCCACCCCCGAGCCCAAAAGAGGGAGAGAGAGAGAGAAAGAGAGCAGCGCCCGGGCGGAGCGGCGGAGAGGAAGAAUUAAAGCGAGCGAAGGAGGGAGGAGAGACAGAGCAGAGAGAGAGAGAGGAGGAAAGAGGAGGAAAAAAAAAAAAAAAAAAGCCCACAAAAACAAAGCGAUCGCAGUUGAUGUUGCUGCUGCAAGCUGGACUUCCAAAAACUACGGCGAGACCGUCCGCUCUCCGCGCCGAGAAAAGUCUCCUCAGCUGUGCGUGUUUUUUUCCGCUGUGUGUGUAAUCUUUAACCUUUUAUUCAUUCUUAUUUUGAUGGCUUUCCUGAAUGGCUGACUGCGAGCUUCCCUGGACCUGGCCCCCAGACACCCGCCUCUCCUCCUUCAACUACUCUGCUGCAGAUCAGCUCUAAGAGAGAGAGAGGGAGAUCUUUGAAGAGAUUUUUUUUUUUUCUCCUCUCUCUCUCUCUCUCCCUCUCUCCCCCACCCCCACCCACCCCUUUACUUUGCUCUCCUGGAGCCCAGACAAUCGACUCGCAACUCGCCCCCCCGCACACACACCUCCAUCGCCCCGUGCUUCUGCACCUUCGCCGGUACCGGGAGAUCCCCCCCACCCCGACCCCCCUGAAAAAAAAAAAAAAAAAAAAAAAAAAACCAAGGCAAAACAACAAAAGAGAGAGGGGGAAAGAGAGAGAGGAGGGGAGGAGGAGGAGAAAAAAAAAAGACUGCUGCAAAGCUGAUCUGAAAAGCAAAGCAAACAAACUUUGAAAAUAAAGGGGGAACAGGAAGUUUGGCAACGGUGUCCAAUAGAUAUGGCAAUGGUAGUCGGUGCGUGGCGAGACCCCCAGGACGAUGUGCCCGGAGCUCAGGGAACGCAGCCUUCGCAAGCCCCGCCGGUGCAGGGACCUCCGGCCGGGGCCCCGCACACCCCACAGACCCCGGGGCCCGGGGGCCCUCCCAGUACGCCAGCCCAGACCAACCCGCCAAGCCAGCAGAACCAAGGAGACAAACAGCAGCAGCAGCAGCACAUUGAAUGUGUGGUUUGUGGGGACAAGUCUAGUGGCAAACAUUAUGGCCAGUUUACCUGCGAGGGUUGCAAGAGUUUCUUCAAGCGGAGUGUAAGGAGGAAUCUCAGCUACACUUGUCGUGCCAACAGGAACUGUCCCAUUGACCAGCACCACCGCAAUCAGUGUCAGUACUGCCGCCUCAAAAAAUGCCUCAAAGUUGGCAUGAGACGGGAAGCGGUCCAGAGGGGCAGAAUGCCACCCACACAGCCAACUCAUGGUCAGUUCGCCUUGACAAACGGGGACCCUCUCAACUGCCAUUCCUACCUAUCCGGAUAUAUCUCCCUUCUUCUGAGAGCAGAGCCCUACCCCACCUCCCGCUUUGGCAGUCAGUGCAUGCAACCCAACAACAUCAUGGGCAUCGAGAACAUUUGUGAACUGGCAGCUAGGAUGCUCUUCAGCGCGGUGGAGUGGGCCAGGAAUAUCCCCUUCUUCCCAGACCUCCAGAUCACAGACCAGGUGGCCCUCCUGAGGCUGACCUGGAGCGAGUUGUUUGUCCUCAACGCUGCCCAGUGCUCCAUGCCCCUCCACGUAGCUCCUCUCCUGGCAGCUGCUGGCCUCCACGCUUCGCCAAUGUCUGCUGACCGAGUGGUCGCCUUUAUGGACCACAUACGAAUCUUCCAAGAGCAAGUAGAAAAACUGAAAGCAUUGCAUGUCGACUCUGCAGAAUAUAGCUGUUUAAAGGCCAUAGUCCUCUUCACCUCAGAUGCCUGUGGUCUCUCUGAUGUAGCCCAUGUUGAAAGUUUACAGGAGAAGUCACAGUGUGCUUUGGAAGAGUAUGUUAGGAGCCAGUAUCCCAACCAGCCAACACGAUUCGGGAAGCUAUUACUACGUCUCCCCUCCCUUCGCACUGUCUCCUCUUCUGUCAUAGAGCAAUUGUUUUUCGUCCGUUUGGUAGGUAAAACCCCCAUAGAAACCCUAAUCAGGGAUAUGUUACUGUCUGGCAGCAGUUUUAACUGGCCUUAUAUGUCCAUUCAAUAAAAUAUUCGAGAGAGAAAAAAAAAAUUUUAAAAAAAUUAAAAAUUGAGAAGGGAGAUGAAAGAGAGUGAAAGGAAAGCAAAUGACAUUUGGGUUCUGGUUGUUUCUUAAAUUUCCUUCUGCUAAGAAAGGAUGUAAAAGGAUGUUACAAGUUUGCUAAGAGAAGACAGGAAAAAAUUAAUGGACUGUGAAUUUAAAAAGAGACUGUCAAAUGAACUUUUACAGAAUGCAUUAAAAACUCCCGUGUCGUUCAGAAAAAAAACUUGCUACUUAUCAUUUUUUGUAAAAAAUAAAAAAAGAGAGAAAGAAAAAAGAAAGAAAGAAAAAAGAGAAAGAAGAAGAAAAGAAAUGAUGGUUGGCUUUUUCUUUUUUUCUUUUUUCUUCUUUUUUUUCUUUUUUUUGGGGUAAACUUUUUAAAAAAAAUCUCGCUUAAAGUGCAUUUAAAGGAAAUUUGGAGAAAAUUAGCAGAACGGAAGAAAGUAAGUCUUUUUUUUCCAAAUUAUUAAUUGUCCUAUGUGUCUAUGUACCUAUAGCUGUUCUUUUUUGUAUUUUUCUGGUUUCAAACCAGUUUAUUCUGUGGUUCUAUAAUAAUUUUUUGAUAUAACCUUGGCUUCUUUAAAAAAAAAAAAAAAACUGUGUAUCCUUAAAAUAUAUGUUCUGAAAGAAUUAAAACUGAGUCCACGAAAGUAUCAUAGGAAGAAAGGAAAAGAGAAAAAAAAAACCCUCAACAACACAAUGAUGGAAGCGCACUUAAGGUGGUGACCCAAAAUCUAGCUUGAAGCUGAGAGAGCUAUAAUUAUAUAGACCCGAAUGAACCACACGUGUCAUAUAACUACCCCCAAAUCUAGGUUUUUUGAUAUUUCGGUCAGAAAAUGAACUGUGGGGAUUUAUUAUAGGUAGAAGGAAUUCGUGUCCAAGACACACUAUGGUUUUGAUUUAAAAAACAAACAAACAAGCAAAGUGAACUUUUGUAAUUUGAAUUGGGUUCCACAUAGUUCAUCAUGAAUUGUUAUUAAACUCCUCUAUCUGUUUGUAUAUUUGCAAGCCCUUUGUAUUAUAAUAAUUGUUGAUAUUUUCCCCUUUUUAAAAAAUACCAUUGAAAUCAGCAUGACAAAAUAACACUGUUGGCACUUAUAGAUAACGUGAUUGAUUCAGUAUCUUAGAGUUUACAGUUUUGUGUUUAAAAAAACUGAAGGUUUUUUUUUUUAAGUGCAACAUUUCUGUAUACUGUAAAAGUUAUAAUAACUGAACUGUUUGGUCGAGUCUUUGUGUGUUAUAUUCCAAGGAAAAUUGAAAGUAUUCAGAAAUUAAAAUAUUAUUUGAUAUCUGAAA